ACGUCUUUGCUAUCUUUCAAUACCGCCAACUUUUCCCGUUGCUCUAUCUCUUCGUCAGUUAUUUAUUUAUUUAUCCAUUUCUACCUAUUAUCGCACGAGUUAUUCUUCUCCAUCUCCCUGGACUGAUAUGCUGCGAAAAUAGCAGCUCGAACAUUCCCGCUGAGGCCAAACCUCCGACGAAACCUUUUAUCUCCGAAAGCACUUGGAGUGCGAUGCCCCAACGUCUAAUGGCUGCGAACAUAGGUCGCAGUCUUACACUCUUUAAGGCUGAAAAUCCUCUCCUCCCGUUUUUAUACCAGACUCGUACACUCACGGCCUCGCAAUCUCACCUAUAUCGGAAACUGAUUCGACCCCAACGAUGUCGUCCUUACUCUACGGACAACGCACCUUCCGACAAGCCAUCAGAUAAUGGGUCACAAACAGCAGAAAGCCCUUCUCCGGAGCAGCCCGCCAUAUCAUCGAAGUUCGAAGAGGCCCCCUCCAAGCCGCAGAAUUAUUUGAAGAAGCGAGCAAUCGCCGCAACACGGAGCAAGAGCACAGCCCCGCCAACGCGGGGUCGCAAGAACCGUUCUACAAUGACACGCGCGGAGAAAGAUAUCCUCGAUAGACUCUAUGGACAAUUUGGCACUGGGCUUCCAUCUCAGCCAGAAGAAAAGGAGAAGGAAGAGACACUGCCUGUGAAGGAACCGCGGAAAAUGAAAAACGCGGAGGAUAAGCCGAAACAUUUGAGUGCUUCUGAGAAGCAGGAGCUAUCUGAGGUGACUCAGAUCUUCGAAGAAGCGGUUAAUGAUGCCAAAGCACGAAGUGAGGGUGCCCCUGGUGAGCAAGAGCAAACAGGCUCAGAGUUCGAAGAACGCAAAGCCCAUCCAAUGCUCGAGCGACACAUUCCGAAUAUAGACGUGGAACUGCAGCGUAUUUCAACGAUGUUUGAACGGAUCCGACGGUUCAAAUACAGUGAUGUGGAUCUCUCUGACCGAGCGCGAACAAUCACAAUCGACAGAGUCGUGGAGCUGGUUGUGGGGAUCGAAUCUGAAAAGAUCGAGGCCGCGCUUCGUACUGCAAUUGAUCAGGGGAAGGGCGAUCUUGAGCUAUGGGAAGUCUGCGAGGAGCGGGUAUUUGGCAUGUUACGACAUCUGGAUAUAUACGAUGGGACGGAGAAGAAUGCGAGUGAUGCUCAGCACAACCAGCCUGACGACAUCACCAUACUCGGUCCUCCUGAACCAUCUCAGAGCUUGUCAUCGGACAAGGCAGAAACAAAGCAACAUGCCGGGCCAUUGGAGAUUCCUCCUUUUGUUCCUGUUUACCCCGUCGUAUCCGCUCUGUACCCAAGCAUGCUUUUCACCGCAUUGAGUCUCCUCAAGACUCACUUCCCCGAUUCGCCUCUGAUAGGACAGUUUCUACCUACAGUUAAAUCCUACGGCAGAACCUCAGUUGUCCUUGGUGCAUCGACAAGACUCUACAACGAGCUGAUGGAAUACUACUGGCGAGUCUAUGACGACCUUCCAACGGUAGUCUCACUCCUCAAGGAGAUGGACAGCACGGGUGUCGAGCCAAAUCUUUGGACCUACUCUCUUGUCAAGAAGAUUAUCCGCACCCGCGCCGACGAGAAGCAAGCCCAUCGUAGACGGAUGCGGGAGUUCGGCGAUGAUGCUGUCCGGAAAGAAGAGUGGUUUGAGACAGAACCUAAUCAGAGAGCCCUGAGACAGCUUGCAGGAAAGAAGAAUAAGCCUGGAUGGCUCCAGCAUCUAAAGUCGCGCCUGUUUGAGGUAAACGAGCGACAGAGAAUGGAGAAUGAGGAGAACACAACACCUCCCCAUACGGAUUUCACGGCCCCCGUUCGGAAACUCCCGGUGGAUUAGUAUCAGUCAAUAAGGCUGACUGAUCUAAUCUAAUCCGGAGCUUCCUCAUAGCUCGAUACUCGUCGGAUGUCCAUAUGCCUCUUCACCGAUCUUAUUACAUGGAUGAUCUUGUAUGACCUAUGUAUAUACUACUAU